AUGGCAGCCUGGACAGGAUCCCCUAUAAUAGUAGAAGAAGCUUUCAAUCAAGUUUGGAAGUCGACCGUGGAGAUACAACCGUCCUUUUACUUCCCAACAAGCCAAAAUAUCAAUCUACCCUCUCCCCCACUCGAUUCACCAGUCUCGUCGACGGAAGAUGAUCUAGCGACAGCGGAGAUAUUGGCCAGAAUCAAGUUUGGUACUUCCAGCCCAUCGUUAGAAUCUCGAAAGAGGUCUUUGACGUCCUCCAAUGGUGAAGAAGACGAAGAUAAACACGCGAUAAAGAGGAAGAAAGAGAGUAGCGUAGAGAGUGUUGUCAGCGGAAGUACGAAUGGUACCGCUGGUGGUGCUGCUGAAAGAUGGCCACCAAGAAAGGAGUUCGUCUAUCUUACUUGCGUUGUGGCCAUCCCACCUGUUGGUAGACAGAAGUUACCUCUCUUUGGAAAGCCAUGUGGACGGAAUGAGAUAAUCGCAAAGGUAGUCACGAUGGCCACGGGAGAAGGCUGUUCAAGAAAACUCAUCUCAUCUCACGCACAGGUGUUGAAGGGUAGAAAGGAGCUUAGCAAGCAGCUGAGAGACCUCCUAACGACCGAAGAAGGGAAGAACAAUGACGACGAGGUUUCUCCAACCGUAUACACCUUGGGAGCAGAAUGGAAUUUCCCAAAAUGUCUCAAUCGAUUGAUUGGCUUACCUGAAAAUCUCGAUUUGAGAACAGCUUGUACUCCACCAUUAAUCGCUCAACAUUUCGUAGAUGUCGUCAAACCUCCUAAAUCAUCUACCAAAAGAGAAAGAGCUACACCAGCGAAUAAGAACAAGUUGACAAUCAAGACAAAACCUAGUAAAUCACUUUCACCUUCUGUGUUUUCCGCUGGGACCACCUCACCUAGUAUGAUCAGCAAUAGUGACAAGACGGAUGAAACGGAUGUACAUCUGCCAACUCCCAGGUCAUCUUAUCUACCUUCACCAUAUUUGCUAGGUACACCCACACCGCUCAGUUACGAUGAUCGAAAACCAUCAUUACCUUCUCCAGGUGACUUGUUCUCACCAAAUUAUAAGAUGUCUACCCCGAGCCGGAUAAACAUAUCGGACUAUUCUGCUCCCCCCACUUCCAUCCCCCGAAGACCUGCCACGGCCAACGCCAUUUCUUCAUCCACCACUAGACAGCUGCCACCACCUGAAUCACCCAUAGCAAGUAGGUUCAUGGUAGAUUCACCAUUUCGGACUCCUCUCAGUUCAGCUAGAAGAACUUCCGAGUCUCACUUAACCGCCAGUCUUGGGAGGUCCUCUUAUAACACGUUCGGAAGAGACUGCCUAAAGAUAAUGGGAGAUUCAAAUCGUAGGAUAUCAGGAGUAUCGAUCGAAGAUAUGAAAAGGAGAGAAAGGAAUCAGCAGUUAUGUUAG